CCCAAAUAUAAUGGACGUCGGUGGGAACAGUAGUGGGCUUCCUGUAAACAAUAAACAGAGAGCUAUGUUACCGAACAAAAGCAGGGGCGAGUUCACCCGAAACCCAAGAAAAGAUUCAGAGGGGCUGUCGGAGUCUCCAGACCUUGAGUUUGAAUAUGCCGAUACAGACAAGUGGGCUGCUGAGCUGUCAGAGCUGUACAGUUACACCGAAGGACCGGAGUUUUCUCUCAAUAGGCAGUGCUUUGAGGUCGAAUUCAGAACACAUGUUUCUGAUAAGAGGUGGACGGAGCUGGAUGAAUCUCAGCAGAGAGCUCACGCCAUGCGCCUGCUGGACGGGCUGGAGAUGAUCGCUCGAGAGAAGAGGCUGAAGGUCGCCAGAGCCAUUCUUUACAUGGCUCAGGGAACCUUUGCAGAGUGCAGCUCUGAGGCUGAGGUGCAGCACUGGAUGAGAUACAACAUCUUUCUGCUGCUGGAUAUGGGGACCUUCUCUGCUCUGGUGGAGCUGCUCAACAUGGAGAUUGAUAACAGCGCUGCCUGUAGUAAUGCGGUGAGGAAACCAGCCAUCUCCCUGGCUGACAGCACAGAUCUCAGAGUGCUGCUCAACAUAAUGUACCUGAUGGUGGAAACCAUACAACAGGAUGAUCCUGCCGACAAGCCUGAGUGGAAAGUCAUCCGGGAAACCUUCAGAGCAGAACUAGGAGCUCCUCUGUACAACAACGAGCCGAUUUCCGUCAUGCUCUUCGGUAUGGUUACCAAGUUCUGCAGCGGUCAUGCCCCUCACUUCCCAAUGAAGAAGGUGUUGUUGCUGUUGUGGAAGAGCAUCCUGUUCACACUCGGAGGGUUUGAGCAGCUCCAAAGCAUAAAGGUUCAAAAGCGUGAGGAGCUGGGUCUCCCCCCUCUCCCGGAGAACAGCAUCCGAGUGAUCCGCAGCAUGAGGGCCGCUUCUCCUCCUGCGUCUGCGUCCGACCUCAUCGAGCAGCAGCAGAAACGGGCGCGCCGCGAACACAAGUCGUUGAUCAAACAAGACAACCUUGACGCAUUCAACGAGAAGGAUCCUUACAAGGCAGAUGACUCACGUGAGGAUGAGGACGACAACGAUGACAAUGAUAACUCUAUAGAGCCGGAGACUUUCCCUCUGGAGAGGGACGAGGUGAUGCCUCCGCCUAUUCCUCAACCUCCAUCAGAGAGGGUGUCUUUCCCCAAAGGACUGCCAUGGGCUCCUAAAGUCAGGGAAAAGGACAUUGAGAAUUUCCUGGAAUCAAGUAGAAGUAAAUUCAUAGGUUACACACUUGGGAAUGAUACAGAUACAGUCGUUGGUUUACCCCGGCCAAUCCAUGAGAGCAUAAGGACGUUAAAGCAGCACAAGUACAUCUCCAUUGCUGAGAUACAGAUUGCAAAGGAGGAGGAGUUUCAGAAAACCCCUCUGUCUGGGGGUGAAGAAGACGUGGAGAUGUCCUCCAUUGAGCUGCUCUAUCAAGGAAUUCUGCCCAGUUUGCCUCAAUACAUGAUCGCUCUGCUAAAGAUCCUCCUCGCUGCAGCUCCGACCUCCAAAGCCAAGACGGACUCCAUCAACAUCCUGGCAGACGUGCUGCCGGAGGAGAUGCCGACCACAGUGCUGCAGAGCAUGAAACUCGGUGUUGAUGUCAAUCGACACAAAGAGAUCAUCGUGAAGGCCAUCUCUGCCAUCCUGCUGCUGCUCCUCAAACACUUCAAACUAAACCACAUCUACCAGUUUGAGUACAUGGCUCAACAUCUCGUGUUUGCCAACUGCAUCCCCCUCAUUCUCAAGUUCUUCAACCAGAACAUCAUGUCGUACAUCACGGCCAAAAACAGCAUUUCAGUACUUGACUUUCCUCAUUGCGUGGUGAACGAGCUGCCCGAGUUAACCGCAGAGAGUUUGGAAGGAGGAGACAACAAUCAGUUUUGCUGGAGGAAUCUGUUCUCCUGCAUCAACCUGCUGAGGAUCCUCAACAAACUGACCAAGUGGAAGCACUCCAGAACAAUGAUGCUGGUGGUGUUCAAGUCCGCUCCCAUCCUGAAGAGGGCGCUGAAGGUGAAGCAGGCCAUGAUGCAGCUUUACGUCCUCAAGCUGCUCAAAGUGCAGACCAAAUACCUGGGCCGUCAGUGGAGGAAGAGCAACAUGAAGACCAUGUCGGCCAUUUAUCAGAAGGUCCGACAUCGGCUCAACGACGACUGGGCCUACGGGAACGAUCUGGAUGCUCGACCUUGGGACUUCCAGGCCGAGGAGUGUGCUCUGCGUGCGAACAUCGAACGCUUCAACAGUCGCCGCUACGACAACAGCCAAAGCAACCCGGACUUCCUGCCUGUGGACAACUGUCUGCAGAGCGUCCUGGGACAGCGGGUGGACCUGCCUGAGGACUUCCAGAUGAACUAUGACCUGUGGCUGGAGCGGGAAGUCUUCUCCAAACCCAUUUCCUGGGAAGAACUGCUGCAGUGAGAAUCAUCGACUUUUCUAAAUAAAGUUUCAAUCGGGAGUUCUGACAAGCCACCGACAGCGCUCAGCAUCAUGUGACACCAGACUGAAGCUGACGCGCAGGUGUGGACCUACAAUCAUCACGUUUGAUUGCUGCUCUAAAUAUAUGCUUAAUGUGAUGAACUAUUGAGACUUUUCCCCCACACUAAUGCCCCCCCACAGUUCAUUUUAAAUGUGCAGAGUCCUGCUCUACGUGUGGAAUUGAACCCAACCCUACCUUUACAUAUACGGGUGUUUGCUCAGUGCCUCUUACCUGCUACCAAAAGUCAGUCAGUUUUACCUUGAAGCACUACAUGGAAGUUUCAAUGUAGUUUUAAACAAAUCUACUGGGAACACAAUUUGCGUAUUCAUUAAGAGUCUUAAUAUAGGUGCGUGUGCUUUGUUGAGGCAGCAGAUUUGAGAUGUUGUCAAAGGUUAUUAUUCACAGGUUGUAGAGUACGCAUAACAAAGAAACAGGUGCUGGAUCCAAAAUCAAGCUAAGAAAGAAUCAGACAAAAGUAUUAAAAGCUCACAAUUUUAAAGUCACUGAGCUUUUUGUCCGAUUCUUAAUCAAUGAAACAUUCCCUGUCACAUCUCAUGAGUUUAUCUUCAUAAGAGAGAUAAAGAGAACAGGUGUGGGGCUUUUUAUUCAUAUCCUUAUGUAUUACUUUUUAACAGUCAUCACCUGAAGAGGAGAAUCUCCUGUUCACCUGACUCACCCUUUGUUGUUGGAUGUUAUUUGCAUUAUUCUGAGUGCUGCCGACACACCUUUAUUUACUCUGGGACCAUGCAGGCGUUCAGCCCGUCGCUGACCAUCAGGCUGUUUAGACGUUAUGAUUACAGCCUCGAUUAUUGUUUUUUACCUAAAGUAGCUCAAUAGCAUCCAUUCGCUUUGUUGUGUGGGGAAAAUGGUGGCACAUGUUCACGUCACUUGGUUGUGUGAGAGAGAAGAAAGUCUCUGAUUUGAGAUCAUUCACUUCUUUAGUUUCACCCAUCAGACAGCGGUUCUGAACUGAAGGGGAAAUCUCAGUUAAAUUGCGAGUUACAGAACCAGAUUCCUCGUUCUACUUUUGAACAUGUUUUAGUUUAAAGGUUAAGGACAUUAAAAUACAUGUAAAUUGUGAACCUUAUUUAUCUUGUCUUUGUUUUACAUAGACUUAUACUGUAAUAAAAUGAUACUGUCAUUCAUGUGGAA